AUGCUGAACCUGGAUAACCUCGCGCAGCAUACUCAGCAUCACCAAGAACUAGACGAAAGCCGGAACUUUGUCCAAGAGUUCCUCGAUACCCUCGACCCGUCCUCUGCUCCUCAGUCGGACCCAGGACUGGGACUGGUCGAACUGGCUCCAGAUAUUGUGCAGAAAAGUCCCAGUACCGAGUCAAAAACCCGUGGCUACGACUCACCUCAGCGCCCCAAUAUCCGUCCCGCACAACAACAACAACAACAUACAUCACAGCAUCAACCUCAACUCCAACACCUGAACCAGAACCAACAACUCAGACAGAACAAAUACCAUCAGGGACCACAGCAACAGGCACACAGCAACAGCCCUGAGAAGUCCAAGCGGAAGAAGGUCUCCAAGAAACACCAAGAGUCGCCCAAGCGGACAUAUCACGAGCCACAGCCAAUACUUCACGAAAGCAGGAAACAUCCCGUUAGCACGACGCGACUCAAGGAAGGAAAUGGAGCAGUCAGAAAAGACGACACGAGACAGAGCAAGAAACGGAAGCAGAACGUGGACGAUGUCGAACUGGGUGUACAGGACCUCGAAAUCCGCGACUCGCAUUCUACCAACAAGCGCAAGCGUCAGACAGAGGGAGCGCCUACAAGACCCAAAGGACCAACGACGGCAACCAAUGGCAAACAAGCCAAGAACCGGCACGUCCAAGACGAUCAGCACGCAUCAAACCAGCAGGACGAGGACAGACCAAUUCGACAGAACUCCAACUCUACGGUCAAGGACAACGCGGGGAGAAAAGAUAGUAAUAAACCUCGCAAGAUCCUUACCCAGGGCUCGCUCAUCAUGAACAAUCACGAUAACGGAAACGAGUUUUCGGAGGACGCGUUUCUCAAUCAACGAACCGAUUCAAGAGAAUCUCGCCUCAGUGGGCGCCGGAACGAACAGGUGGUUACAUCCGCUUACUUUAUCAACGCAAAGCACGACGACAAUGCUGCUGCAUCCGAGUCGAGCUCUAGCUAUGGUAACAAGAGCAUCCACGAGCAAUCCAAGCGUGCGAGCACCGCCUCGUCUGCUCAUAGCCCUGACGCCGAACCUGCUCUCCAGAAGCGUACUGUCGCGUCGACUCAUCAUACCAACCGCCAUGCUCGUGCUGAAUUGCCACCUCAAGUCAACUCCAUCGAAACUGAGCAGCUUCAACAGCCGUUGCCAGUCGAGCACCUUUCGAGCGCUGAGACAUAUGCAGAUUCUUAUACGGAACUCCAGCCUUACGGAUAUGCUGCUCCCCAAUGGCAGGACCCGUAUCGCAUUAUGUGUGAUCCUCUCCAACAGCUGUAUUCAGUGUACGACUUGCCUGUAGCUGUUCUUCCUGCGUGUCCAACAGUACCAGAGCAGCAACUUCAGCACAUGGAGUAUUAUGUUGACAACGAUGACACCGAGUAUGACCAUGGUUUGCCUCUGGACGGUCUCCCGCCACAGCCUCUGCCACCGCCCUCAAGCACCCACUUUCGCUGGCGCCCUCACCGACUUUUCUAG